UUACCAAAAGACUUUUUUCUUCUUCUUUUGUUUUUUUUUUUUUUUUUGGUAAUGAAUUUACCAAAAGACUUGGUCUUUUUAACCCUAUAUAAAUAGGGUUUCGAGGAACUGCUUUGGCACAUAUUUAUCCUCGGUAUCUGGUAUGGGAAAUUGUUGGAGAAAGCCUGCCAAAUGUGCUCAUGCUUCUUCCGAUAAGUUUUCUGAAAGUAGGAAGCCUACUAUUAAGAAUAAACCUGAUUCAACACCUCCCAGAGAGCAAAAACCAUUUGGAGGUCUUGUAGCACCCAAAGUUGAUAUAUGCUUUCCCAACACUAAUCUUAAGUCCUUUACCUUCAAUGAUCUCAAGAAUGCCACACAGAACUUCCGCCCGGACAGUGUAGUUGGAGAGGGAGGGUUUGGAUGGGUGUUCAAAGGAUGGAUUGAUGAGAAAACUUUCGCUCCUGCUAAACCAGGAACCGGUAUGGUGGUGGCUGUCAAGACUCUUAAGCGUGAAAGCUAUCAAGGCCACAAGGAAUGGCUUGCAGAAAUAAACUAUUUAGGUCAACUUCACCACCAAAAUCUUGUGAAACUCUUAGGCUACUGCUCAGAGUACGACAAUAGACUUCUAGUUUAUGAGUUCAUGCCUAAAGGAAGUUUGGAGAAUCAUUUGUUCAGAAAAGGUGUUCAACCUAUCUCUUGGCCUUUGCGGAUGAAAAUUGCUGUUGAUGUUGCAUGUGGAUUGUCCUUCUUACAUAGUUUAAAUCCUAACAUUAUUUAUCGUGAUUUAAAGGCCUCAAACAUUCUACUUGAUUCGGAUUACAAUGCAAAGCUUUCAGAUUUUGGUUUAGCAAGGUAUGGUCCGACCGGAGAUAAAACUCAUGUUUCGACUAGAGUUAUGGGAACUCAUGGUUAUGCUGCACCAGAAUAUGUAGCUACAGGGCACUUGACUCCAAAGAGUGAUGUGUACAGCUUCGGCGUUGUGUUGUUGGAGUUACUAUCAGGAAAACGGGCAAAGGAUGAUGACAUAGCCGGAGGUGCUGAAGAAACUUUGGUGAAAUGGGCAAAGCCAUUCCUUCAGGGUGAUAGCAGGAGAAUGUUAAGGAUAAUGGACUCAAGGUUAGGGGGUCAAUACUCGAAGAAAGAGGCUCAAGCCGCGGCUGCACUUGCUUUGCAGUGCCUGCAUUCGGAUUCCAAGAAUAGGCCACUCAUGAUUGAUGUUCUUGAUAAACUAAAACAGCUCCCUACUUCAGGAGACAUUUUGAUGAACACCCCACAUUCACGACUGGACCAUAAGAGGAGCAAGAAUUCAAUUGGUAAUCAUCGCAACAUUAAAGUAGUCUACCAUUCUAGUUGACGAACAAGUAAAUUUAAAAAAAAAAAAAAAAAAAAAAAAAAUUGUAAACUUUCAGAUUCUUAACCUAAAAGCUUAUUAUUUGAUUGUCA